UCAGCAAUGUUUCUUACACCACCAUUUGGAACUCUUUGAUCUAUGUAGCCGGCCAUGAAUUUCCACCUCCCUUAUAUUCACACCCCAUCACCUUUCCCCCUUUUAUUAAUUCCUCGUUUCCCCUACUUGGGUGUUGAUUUUCCUCCAAAACCCAGAGGAAAAAUCAGAGGGGAGAGAGAGAGAGAGAGAGAGAGAGAUGGACAGGCUCAUAAGCUUAGAGCCAUCCAACCUAGUAGCCAUAAGGGUAGAACAUGGACAGAAGUGUUACGGGGAGGUCACCCUGCGCAACGUCAUGUACACCAUGCCGGUGGCCUUCCGGCUCCUACCGGUGAACAAGAACCGGUACUCGGUCCGGCCGCAGUUGGGGAUCAUAGCACCUCUCACCACAUUUACCGUGGAAAUAACUUACCACAUCCCUCCGAACGGUUAUCUCCCGGACUCGCUCCCUUACUGCAACGAUGCGUUCCAGCUGCACAGCGUCGUGGUCCCCGGUGCGAUAAUGGUCAAAGACCAUUCGUCUUUCGGGGAUCUGGUCCCGAACGAUUGGUUCACCACAAGGAACAAGCAAGUGUUCCUUUAUAGUGGACUUAGAAUAAUGUUUGUAGGAGCUCCGGUGUUGGCCCAACUCGUGGCCAACGGCUCCAUGGACCAAAUUAGAGAAGUGCUCGAAAAGAGUGACCCGAGCUGGAAACUAGUCGACUCGGUUGACUCAGACGGUCAGACGUUGCUUCACUUGGCGAUCACUCAGUGCCGGCCUGACCUUCUUCAAUUGCUCUUGGAGUUUGAGCCUAAUGUCGACGCUGAGAGCCGAUCCGGCUUCAGCCCGCUCGAGUUAGCGGCUGCAGGCGGAGAAGCACUCAUCGUCGAGCUGUUGUUGGCUAACAAAGCCAGCAUGGAAAGGUCAAAGUCGUCCAUGUGGGGGCCGAUCCACCUUGCUACUAGAGGGGGCCACAUCGACAUAGUGAGGCUCCUUUUAUUAAAAAGAGCCAAAGUCGACGCGCUCACCAAGGAUGGGAACACGGCCUUACACAUGGCAGUGGCGGAGGGACGGAGGGAUUGUGCGAAACUACUACUGGCAGGUGGCGCCAGCGCAGACGUAAGAAACACAAAUGACGGCAAUACCCCUCUCCACGUCGCGGCCGCGCAAGGGGACGAGCACAUGGUUAAGCUCUUGCUCCAGAAAGCUGGAGCGAACAAAGACGUGACAAACGCGCUCGGAAAGACGGCGUACGACGUCGCGGUCGAGAACGGGCACGACAGGCUCUUCGACGCGCUCGGCCUCGGGGACAGACUGUGCGCGGCCGCCCGGAAGGGGGAAGUGAGGGCGAUCUUCAGGCUCUUCGACAACGGAGCCGCGAUCAACGGACGGGACCAGCACGGCUGGACCGCGCUCCACCGGGCGUCCUUCAAGGGGAAAAUCGACGUCGUUCGCGCCCUGAUCGAGCGAGGGGCGGAUCUCGACGCGACGGACGAGGACGGUUACGCCGCCUUGCACUGCGCGGUGGAGGCCGGGCAUAGUGAGGUGAUUGAGUUGUUGGUGAAGAAAGGGGCUGAUGUCGGGGCCAGGACUAAUAAGGGAAUGAGUGCCAUCCAAAUUGCCGAGUCCUUGCAUUACUCGGGAAUCAAGAGGAUUCUAAGCCAUGGUGGUUCAACCAAAGAGGUUGUGCUCAAACAAGUUGUUGCUGCUGCAUCUCCAACUGGGACUCCCUUUAGGAAUGGGAUCAAGGAAAGAGAGGAUGAGCUGAGGCAGAAUCGCAGUCGUCGUUCGCGAUCGCGAUCCCUUACGAGUAGCUUUGAUCAAUCCGUGACAUUGGCUGUGGUUUAAGCCGGCAUAUAUAAGAGGUCGACAUGCAUUAGAGAACAUUGUUUCAGCCGCGCGAUGUGGUGAGAAUCUCAAGACGAAUUAUAAACCUAGAGAUAGAAUCGCGAGGAUUCGAGUGCGCCGGGGCGGGAGGUUUGAAAUUUUUCGAUAUCAGAGGAUGCGUUGCCUGGGGGCUUUUAUUGAUUCUUUCUCUGCUGAAAGUAAUCUGUGGAAGAAGUUGUAGACCCAUAUUUGUUUCUUUCCAUUAAUGAUACGGCAUAAUUGUCCACUAA